AUGUAAAAACAAUAUACACUAGAUACAUAUAAAAUAGCCGAAGAUUAUUUCGACCGUAUGUUACAAGAAGUAACUGGAAUAAAAUGUUUAGUAUUAGACGAAGAAACAGUUUAAAUAAUAAGUUUAGUAUAUUCUCAAACCAGUAUUUUAAAAAAAGACGUAUAUUUAAUAGAACGUAUUGACCAACCUUCUGAAGGCAAAAUGUAACAUUUAAAAGUCAUAUAUUUCAUCCGUCCCACUGAAUAAAAUCAAUAAAGGCUUCUAUAAGAACUCGAGAAAUCUCGUUUUGCGGAAUAUUAUAUAUUUUUUUCAAAUUCAGCUUCCAAUUUAUUUAUUGAAACUAUAGCCUAAGCGGACAAUUUAGAUUUAAUAAAACAAAUUCAUGAAAUUUACAUAGAUUAUUAUAUUUUAUCUUCCCAUUUAUAUUCUCUAAAUGUGACUUCUACCUAUGGACUUACUAAAUAGCAACCUUUAUGGAAUUAAACAGACAAUUAAGUCCUCUAACGCGUAUAUGAAGGACUUCUUUCUGUACUUUUAAGUUUAAAAAGAGUCCCUAUGAUAAAAUAUUUAUCAAGUUCAGAUGCUUGUUUAUAAUUAGCGUCUAAAUUAACAAAAAAAUUAAAAGAAGAAUAAUAAUAAAAUAUGUCUUAAUUAGGAUAAGAUUCAAAAACAUUAUUAUUAAUAUGGGAUAGAAGAGAAGAUCCAAUAACUCCUUUAUUAAACCAAUGGACAUAUUAAGCCAUGUUACAUGAAAUAAUAGGCUUAUAAAAUAAUCGAAUAGAUAUCGAAAGGAAACAAAAGGCUAUUGGAGAUGUAAAUAAUGUUUCCAGUGGUAAUUAAGAUAAAGAAUUUGUAUUAAAUGAAAAAGAAGAUUAAUUUUUUAUGGAUAAUAUGUAUGAAAAUUUCGGUGAUAUGACAAGUAAUAUAAGAAAUUUUGUAGAAAGUAUAUAAUUAGAAAAAAAUAAAAGCAAAAAAAUGGAAACUUUAUAAGAUAUUUAAAAUAUAGUUGAUUCAUUACCUGAAUUAAAGAAAAAAUCUAAUAAUCUUAAUAAACAUUUCACUUUAUCAAUGGAAUUAAAUAAUACUAUAGAAUAAUAAGAAUUAAUGGAAAUAUCAAAAGCUGAAUAAGAAAUUUCAACUAAAGAAGCUAGAAAUGAUUAAGCAAAUAUGAUUUUUGAAAUUUUAAAUAAUAAAUAAAUACCGAAGUAUUAGAAAUUAAAAUUAGUAAUAAUGUAUGCACUAAGAUAUGAAAAUGAAGAUAAAAUAGGGAAAAUGAAAGAAAAAUUAAAAGAAUUAGGACUUACUUAAACAUAGACUAAUCUAAUAAAUCAUGCGUUAGAUUAUGCAGGUAAAUAGCAUCGUUCAGGCGAUUUAUUUUCAACUAAAAAUACCAUAAAUAAAUAUUUAAACAAGAUAAAAAAUGUUAUGAAAGACGUACCAAAUGUUUUUACAUAACACAAGCCUUAUAUAAUCAAUAUUAUAAACUAAAUCUUGGAAAAUCAAAUGAAAGAAAACGAAUUUGCAACUACAGACUUAAAUUUUUUCCGUGAAUAGCCAAAAGAAAUAAUCGUUUUUAUACUAGGAGGUGCUACAUAUGAAGAAGCAAGAGAAAUAGCUAUGUUACAUAAAGAAAAAAGUAUAAAUGCACUAAUAGGAGGAACUUUUGUUCAUAAUUCAUACACUUUUUUAGCAGAAAUAAGAAAUAUUGCUAAAGACAAAAAAGACGAAUUUGGAGUAUAGGAUGGUUCUUUAGUUUAUAGAUGA